CCGGCCCUGGCCGGAAGGCGGAAGUGCCUGGGGCUUCCGGUCGGCGUCCUCCGCGCGGCGUGCCCGUCCGUGGUGUUUCUCCGGUAGAGCAUGGCUAAAAGCUUACGGAGUAAGUGGAAACGGAAGAUGCGGGCAGAGAAGAGAAAGAAGAAUGCCCCACGGGAGCUCAGCAGACUUAAAAGUAUUCUCAGAGUUGACGGUGAUGCUCUGAUGAAAGAUGUCGAAGACAUAGCAACUGUGGUGGUCCCCAAACAGUGCCAGGAGAAAAUGCAAUGUGAGGUGGACGACGAAAAGGAUGACACAAAAAUGGAGACUGAGCUGAAGAGAAACAAGAAGACUCUUCUAGACCAGCAUGGACAGUACCCAGUGUGGAUGAACCAGAGGCAGAGGAAAAGACUGAGGGCGAAGAGAGAGAAAAAACGGGGGAAAAGCAGAGCCAAGGCAGCGAAGGGCCUGGCCUGGUAGACCCUCGAGAACUGGAAAGUGGUGGUGCACGUGCCUUUAAUCCCAGCCCUCGGGAGGCAGACAGGCAGAGCUCCGUGAGUUCGAGGACAGCCUGGUCUGCAAAGCAGGUGCCAGGACAGCCUGGACUGUUACACAGAGAAACCUUGUCUCGAAAAAUCACACACACACAAAAAAAAAAGAAAGAAAGAAAAACUGGAAAGUGUUCAUGGGAAAGAAGUUCAGUUGUUAGGAAUGUCUUCACUGAUUUCAGCUCCCACUGAAUGGAAGCUAUUUGUUUUCAUAUUUUAGUUUUGUCUUAGAUCUGUAAUUCAAAUCCAGAAUAAUUGAUUUGUUUUGGGAACUUGAAUAAACUACCUUCCGUGAUGAAGAAAAUUGGA